CACUCCAACACACAAGUUGCUUAAUUUUGUUUGAAUAUCCAACAUUCCAUCUUCAAAACAAGCCACCUACAUGGCUAGCUCACUGGUGCUGAUUUUCAGUCUAGUCCUCACUGCAUUGGAAAGCUUCGGCACCCAGCAGGUCGAGGCUCGUGCCUUUUUCGUGUUCGGAGACUCCUUGGUCGACAAUGGCAACAACAAUUACUUACUAACCCAGGCUCGUGCCGACGCUUAUCCUUAUGGCAUUGACUAUCCAACUGGUCGACCAACGGGCCGUUUCUCCAAUGGCUACAACAUCCCUGACUUCAUCAGUCAAGCUCUUGGUUCAGAAUCCACGUUGCCUUACUUGAGUCCAGAGCUCACUGGACAAAGGCUACUCGUUGGUGCCAACUUUGCUUCUGCUGGCAUUGGAAUCCUCAAUGACACCGGAAUUCAGUUUGUAAACAUAAUCAGAAUGUACAGACAAUUUGAGUAUUUUCAAGAAUACCAGCAAAGAGUGAGUGCCCUUAUCGGAUCUGAACAGACGGAGCGACUUGUAAACGGAGCACUUAUUCUCGUGACUGUUGGCGGCAACGACUUUGUCAACAAUUACUACUUGGUUCCCUACUCUGCUAGAUCUCGUCAAUAUUCUCUUCCAGAUUAUGUCGAAUACCUCAUUUCCGAGUUCAGAAACCUUCUUUUGAGGCUAUACGAUCUUGGAGGGCGUAGGGUUUUGGUGACAGGUACAGGACCAUUGGGCUGUGUUCCAGCUGAGUUGGCCACGAGAAGUUCUAACGGUCAGUGCUCAGCCGAGCUGCAAAGAGCUGCAGGUCUCUUUAAUCCACAACUUAAUCAGAUGCUAAGUGGACUCAACAGCGAACUGGGUGCCGAUAUCUUCAUUGCUGCUAACACUCACCAGAGUGCUAGUGACUUCGUGACUAACCCUCAAUCAUAUGGAUUUACUACAUCGAAAAUUGCCUGCUGCGGGCAAGGACCUUACAAUGGGCUGGGGUUGUGCACUGGAUUGUCCAAUUUGUGCCCCAACAGAGACCUAUAUGCUUUCUGGGAUUCAUUUCAUCCAUCAGAAAAGGCAAACCGGUACAUUGUUCAGAAUAUUCUGUCCGGCACUACUGAAUACAUGAACCCCAUGAACCUCAGCACCAUUUUGGCUUUGGACUCCAGGACCUAGACAUCAUUUGCGUGUUUUCAUUUCACACUCUCUAUGAGAGACUUUAUUUUCAGUGUAUACUAGAACUAUAUAAUACCAGCUAGCUAUCAUUCACGUGUUUGUACCUUUGUAUGCUGGAAUAGUACUGCUGGAUUGUCAAGUACUUGUCAAUUUUUCUAGUUAAUCUUUGAUGAAUGGCGGAGCUACACCAGGGCCUGACGUGGCCUUGGCACCCCUCAGUCUAUGCAAUUAUAUAUGAUUAACAUAAGCAGGAAAUAUUUCUUA